CGCCAACACUGCAAACGCCAAUCAACACAACAGUGUCGUGUGUCUCAACAACAACAGUGAUGCUGCGCAGUCGAGUGGUGGUCGUGGUGGUGUUGCUGGUGCUGUGUGUUGUGGAUGUGGUGACAGACAUUGGGCACGCAGCAACGUGCUCCUCGUGCUGCUUGUCCUCCCUUUGGUCGCAGGCCGACGCCGACAACAUCAUCGACAACAUCAUCGACAACAACAACAUCGACAACAACAACAGCAUCGACAACAACAACAAUGAUGGACAACAGCAACAAAUGGCAUGCGCGCUGUCGUGCUUGUGUACGACGAUAGCUGUGGCGGCGGGCAUUGCACAGGCACUGCUGCUGCCACCUGCCGUCACCACCGUUGCACCAAAGCGACGACAACAGCUCGACCGACUUGCAUCCCCUGCAAGGCCGUCACCAUCACGGCAACGACACCAACAACAGCGCAGGCCGUGGACGCUGCUGCACCAGGCCUUGUCGCUUCGCCAAUGCCUCGUGGCGCUGCGCUUGCACAGUGUCUUGGACUUGUACACUGCCCUGACGUCUGCUUCCACCGCAGCCCCCACUGCAGCGCCGUCCCGCUCGUCUAUUGCCUCGUCGUCGUCGUGGUCGUCGUCCUCCUCCUCCUCCCGUGCCCUGUCAACGACGUCGUCCUUCGGGGCGCUCAACCCAUACUCGCUGCGAGCUGACGUGCUUGCGUUUGAUGCGCUGGCAAAGGCACUUCCUGUCUUGCUGUGCCAGUGCGUGUUGCUCUCGCUGCCAGCCUCGCCGGUGGCGUCGCCGCAGCAGAACAGCAACUCCCACACCCUGCGCCACCUCCUGCCUUACCUCUCGCUGGCCUUCUCCCUGUACUCCAUCGUGGCAGCGGUGGUUGCGUACGAAGGCGGGCAGACGCUCGCCAAGAUCAUGGUAAUGGGUCGCCUCCCGCUCUCCCGUCGCAUCGCCCUGUAUGUGCUGCGCUACUCCGAAUUGUCAGCCAUCGUCUCCCUCGCCACAAUCCUCGUCUUCCUUCCAUGGCGCCUCGCUAUCAGCGUCAUCGCCGUGCACCUCAUUCCAACGCUGCCCUUUGUGCGAACCGUCUACCGCUGCUGUCGCAGCAGCGCUCACAGGACUGUCGCUGACACACCCACAACUCCAUUGACAUCACGUCCCACAACAGCACCACCACCACCACCAUCAUCGUCUCCGCUAGCGUCCGCCUACUCCCAUCAACCAACAACAACAACAACCGCAACAGCAACAACCACAGCAUCAUCGCCGUUGUCACCGCUCGCAGCACGAGUGCCGCCCUCUCCACAUGCACUGGCAUCGCCAUUGUCGCUGCGGUCGCCACGCCAUCGCCAUGGUCGGCGUCGCCCGCCCAUGCGCCGCCUCUCGUUUGGGCACGACCAGCUCAUGCAGCAGCUGCAGCAGCGGCUGCACCAACACCAAGGGGGCGCGAGGGAGGAAGAGGUGGAGAGUAGCAUGGGUGGCAUUGUUGAGAGUGGUGGUGAGGAUGGUGAUGGACAUGGAAGGCAUAGCAGUAGUCGCGAUAAUGAUGAUGAUGAUGAUGCUGAUGAUGAUGAUGAUGAUGAUGAUGAUGAUGAUGAUGAUGAUGAUGAUGAUGAUGAUGAUGGAACCACAGAGCGUGACGUUGACGAGUCGGCACAUAGUCGGGUACAGAAGUACGCGGCCCCACAUAACGGCGCCACUCCGCAACACAAGCACCACCAGUGGCGCCAGCACCAGCAACACCAACAGCAACAUGAGCUGGCGCGGCUGCCAAUGUGGUGGUGCUACCUGGUGGCCAUGGUGUAUUGGGACGUGCGUUCGCCCGAUGGCCACAAGCAGCUAGUGCAACCCCAGCAGUACUACGGUGUGCGCACCGUCACAUAUGCACUCGUGUGUGCCCUCCUCCUCCUCUUCUCGCCCGCGGAGAACUCGGCCGUGCACCCGAGCACCCCGCCCCCCAUCACACGCGUGUUUGUGGCCAGCGUGGUGGUGCUUGCUGUUGCAUGGAUACCCACGCGCCUGUGGCACUGGAGCAACCUCGUGCCACGCCGCCGCAUUGCCCAGGACGUGGGUGACCGCAGCCCACUGCACAGCCCCUCGGUCGCUGUCCUACACCACCAGCAGUCGCUUAUCUCCGAGCUGCACCAGCGCCAGUCUGCCGCCGCCUCCCGCCUCGCAUCCCCACGCGUGCCCUCUUCCCUGCGCCGUGUUGACGCUGGACACGCGCGUGAGAUCGGCAGGGAUGGUGGUGGUGGUGGUGGUGGUGGUGGUGGUGGUGAUCAUCGUCAUGAUCAUGGUGGUGGUGACAGCAGUCGCAUCUCUGGGAAUGGUGGCGCCCGCACAUACGAUGGAGGCAGCGUGGCGAACAGGAGUGUGAUGAGUGCACGCGUGGAAGCGGGCACGCCUUGUUCGCCGUCGCCUUCUCAGAACGACAGCAUACGCAGAUACCAGGCCUCCGUGGAGAGCGCUCAGGCCAUGCGCCAGCGCCGCGUUGCAGCCAGUGGCGGUGGUGGUGUUGGUGGUGGAGCCAGAGGGACACCACUGCGGCUGUUGUCGUCGCCGUUGGUGCGGUCACGACAAGGCAGCCCGCUCGUGGCAUCGCUCCUGGGACGGCGGCCAGCAGGCACCCCCAACACCAACGCCAAUUCCAAUUCUAAUGCCAAUGCCACCCCCAACACCACCACCACCGCUACGACCACUAUGAUUGCCAACGCUUUCGACUCGUCAUACCCAUCAACGCCAACGCGACCACACACGCAUGCAAGGUCGGCAUUCACUGUGCCAUCGCCUCGCGCAACGCAUAUUCCACGUGCUGGCGAUGGGGUGGAUAGGAAGCAGAAGCCGGUGUUUGACUGGGACGCAGUGGAUGUCACCCGUGGUGGUGGUGAUGAUGGGCACAGUUGUCGGCAGGGUGAUGUGGUGCACGGAGCUGGAGUGGGCGUUGGCGAAGAGCAUUCAGCAAACACGCCGAAUCCGACCCAGCAGCAGCAUCAGUGGCCACGACCAGAGGUGAGGGGCAGUGGAGGGCGGAUGUCAAUGAGAGCAGCAGCAACAGCAGCAACAUCACCACCAGUAAAUACCACACCAAAGAGGGUGGCAACAGCAACAGUGCCAUCAUCGUCAUCGUCAUCGUUGGCAGCAGCAGGAGUGGCAGCAGCCGGCACCACCACAACAUCGUCUCCGCUGGCGUAUAUGGAGCAGGGACGUCGCCACUAUGCGCUCCCUGAACGCAAACCACGCCAUGACGCGCCAAAGACGUUCUUCACACGCACCCUCGGACCUGCACUCUAGCCGUGUGUGUGCGUGUGUGUACAUGUGUGCGUG